GUCCCUUUCCACGAUCGGGUCCAGAACCGAUUGGGCUGACGGAACCACCCAUGUCGGCAUUUUGCUAUUUGGCAUGUGCGAAAAACAACGAGAAGAAGAGAAAAAUAAACAUUGAAUUUCGACGAUGCAAUUCUUGUGGAGAAUUUAACACAGACGGCGAACGGACCAGAGCAGAGUCGCAUUGUACACUGCAGCGUGUUCCCAGUUCCUUUGUGGUUGGCUGCUCGGGUGGCUAUGAGAUUUACAGUGGCAUUCUAGAAGUCUACAGGCCCCAGGGAAGAAAUUAGGGACUUGGCAUGUUUUGGUAAGUGGACAACUCCAUUCUGUCAGUAAUUUCAUAGAGCUAAGCUAGCUGUAAUGGUUUCUUCUAGUCCUUUUCAAGUCGCAAGUCUAUAGUGUCGCAAGAUUGUCCGUGUCCGUCGUAAAACCCCCAUCUCGACCUUUCAUCGCUCCUUUUUUCUACCUCUCGUUAUUGUUGUACCCGAUUAGCUUCCCGCUAAGCGCGUCGCCUAGCGGCGUGGGCUUUUGGCGUCCAUAGGACGGUCGGUCCCCUGUAACUUAGCUUAUACGGACUAGGCCGCUGCAUUUCGGCGGCUGACAUGACUAGCCUUGGCCACCCAAAUUGCAUCGUAUGGGCCCAUUGCGCUGCAGUUGCAACUAUCUAGAGUAGCGACGCUAUUGACUCCAAUUUAACAAAUGUGGAAGGCCAUGCCCCUCGUAUAAAGGGUCGUCGGCAGCCGACCCUGCGGAUGACAUGCGCAAGCACAUCGACACACACUCGUUCACCGUCGGCUCAUUUAAAUCUAGGAGAAAAGAUGCAACUCUCAGUGUUCAUUUCUCUACUGCCAUUGGCAUUAUCUAGCCCUGCCGUCACCAAGAGAGAGGAACCCGCGCCGUUUCUCGUCUCGCGCAGCGAAAACCGCAUCGAGAACAACUAUAUUGUCAAACUUCGCAAGGGAAGCUCCCUCGACGUUCUCGACAACAUUGUCGCUCAGCUAGGUGUGAAGCCCCAGCAUGAAUACCGCGGUAUCUUCAGAGGCUUCGCCUCCCAGCUCGACACCAAGGCUGUCAACAUGCUGCGUCUGCAUCCCGAGGUAGACUAUAUUGAACAGGACAACACCGUUGUGGCCGAGGGCUACGUUACCCAAGAAGGCUCGACCUGGGGUCUUGGCCGCAUUUCCCACAGAAAGCAGGGUAUCGAUGAGUACACGUACGAUGCAUCAGGCCAUGGCGCUGGAGUUUGCGCGUAUGUGAUCGACAGUGGCAUCGAAUUGGACCAUCCCGAAUUCGAAGGGCGUGCGGAAAUGAUCAACUACUGGACUGGAGACAAUCAUCUCGACACCUGUGGCCAUGGUACUCACGUUGCUGGUACCAUUGGCAGCAAGACUUACGGAGUCGCAAAGAAGGUGCAACUUCUGGGAAUGAAGGUGCUGAAGAAGAACGAAACAUCAGGACACUGCAGCGGUAGCAGUGCCAACAUCAUCGCAGCCAUUAACAGCGUCGUUGAUGAUGCCAAAUCGCGAAACUGCCCCAACGGUGUUGUUGUCAACAUGUCUCUUGGAGGAGAUCCUAUGCAGGCCAAGAAUGAUGCUACCGCUGCCUUGGUCGCUGAGGGUGUCUUUGUCGCUGUUGCCGCUGGUAAUGAUAACGCGAAUGCGUCUACACACUCUCCGGGCAACACUCCUGAAGCUUGCACCGUCGGUGGCACGGCUGAAGAUGAUACUCGUUACAAGAACUCCAACUGGGGUCCUCUGGUCGAUAUCCUUGCACCUGCUGUAAAGGUUUUGUCCACUUACCUUAAUGGAACCACUAAGGCGUUGACCGGCACCUCCAUGGCUACACCUCACAUCGCUGGUCUUGCAGCAUACUUGGCGAGCAAGGAUGAUAUUGUUGCUGGACCGGAAAUGUGCGACCGCCUCCGCGAAGCAGCUACUCAAAACGCCAUUACCAACAACCGCGCUGACACGGUCAAUCUGCUGGCGUUUAAUGCUAACCCCGACGGCGAGGAUGAGGACUAAAUAUCGAUGGCAACUACUGCGUGAAAUGGCUGCUGCAGAGCUAGGAGUCGGUUUGCCUUUGUGACGCUGACCUGUAAAUUUCUGUAUAUACUACCACUAUUUAAAACCAAGGAUUAGUACAUCCGUCCGUCACAUUAACUCAGCUUACAUGAACGUUCAAAGUGGACAUUAUCUACGUGAAUUUUAUACGGCAGGCCUUGCGAGCAGGGACUUCCACCGUUGCCGUCUCGUCAGCCCAACUACCUACCAUUGGCGGAAUGCUACAUGAAUAUUGCGACUCUACAACCAGACCGGGCGCUAGGGUCGCCUAGCUCGGGUUCACAGGCGAGAUGGCACAUGGAAACAAGAAAGGCUACCCAAAGUAGCAACGGUACAGCUGCCACGCUAUUAUUCGUCUGGAAUAACAAACAACGACGGAGACGCCGUGGAAGCGGAAGAGCAGAAAGUCGCCGCCAUUGACGACAUUGGCGAUGUAGUGGCGUUUUCUCCAAUGCAGAUCGCAGUCAUUUUUUGCUGGCCGCUAAACGAAAACGCGGCUGCAAGAGGCCAGUUCAUGCACAAAUGGACGGUUUAGUGUAGUACAAAGACCGCAUUCCAGGAUAUAGCAGGGGAACAUGGCUUCUGAUGCUACAGGAGGAGAUGCAGUAGUAGCGGCCAAAGCAGGCUCCAGCAAAUCCACAGACAACAUCUCUUCCCUGGUUGGCCUGUAACAACCUGGUAUAGAAAACUUGGGUGUGGGGGAGCGGGCCACGAGACAGUGUUUGCUGGGGGGGGGGGGGAUUUGCGAAGCCUGAGUCGGUUUGCUGGGGAAUAUAUGGGCGACGAGGCAAUAAUAUCGCCGGAUGAACGUGGAGACAGGCCCGUUUUGUCGGCAUUGGCACAGCGAAUAGGCUGGAAGGUGAGCCAAGCGUGACGCGGGCGCUCUGCUGAAGAUUGGAUGGACGUGUGGAGAGCGGUGAAUAACGCUUCGCGCGGUUGGAGAACGUUGAGCAUCUCACGGAUCCUCAGGCGCACGAAGCCCCUUUGGCGAGCGGCUGAGGGUUGUAACGUCUUUCUUGUACAACGUCUCGUGAAUCUGACAGCUCUGUUAGACAUCAGCGGCGCCGCAUCCAUCCCGUUCCUUUUGGCUGCAGCCUGAAUGUUGAGCCGCAAACAAGGAAGCGAUUGACGGUGGGAUAGUCGGACACUGAGCCUGAUUGGGGAUCGGGAUGCCCGGUGGGGGUUGGUGUGUUACAGGGACUGUAGUAGCGCCGUGUUGUUUUGUAUUAGCGUCAGCAUCGGGGGCUCGCCGACCCUGAGGAGAGAGAGGGGAAGACAGGGGAGGAGAGGGACGGGAUCUCCAAAAAGGGGAGCGAGUCGCGACUCAGCAAACGGGCGGAGUAAUUCAUAGCAGCUAAGCAGGGGCGGCGAUGGAAGAUGGUUGCGAGGCAGAGACACGGCGACACACACAUCCCGUAAUCUUCCUUGGGUGGUGGUGCGUGCGAGUGUCAGAUAGAAUGCCGGCUUCCGUUAUUUCCUCUCCACGGGUAAUGAUGAUGAUGGGGCGGCAAACGAAGCAAGCCACAAUUCUGACGAUGCUGAUGAUGGCGCGGUGGUGGCCGUAGUGCCCUUUCCCAUCGGUACCCCGGCUCGCCGGUUGGCUGGCGCCUGGAGGUCAGAUUUACAGGUAGACCGC